AGUUGGCAGGGCAAGGUGAGCUAUGGUACCCCAGCUGCACCUGCUGCUGCUCUUGCUGUUGGCCCCACAGGGUGGGCAUGGCUGCCACGGGCUGGAGCUGGACCGGGAGCUUGUUCUGGCCAAAGUGAGGGCCCUGUUCCUGGAUGCCUUGGGGCCCCCAGCAGUAACCCGGGAAGGUGGGGGUCCUGGAGUCAGGCGGCUGCCACGAAGACACGCCCUGGGGGGCUUCAUGCGCAGGGCCUCUGAGCCAGAGAAGGAGGAUGUCUCCCAGGCCAUCCUUUUCCCAGCCACAGGUGCCAGAUGUGAGGAUGAGCCAGCUGCUAGAGGGCUCGCCCAGGAGGCUGAGGAGAAUCUCUUCACUUACGUGUUCCGGCCAUCCCAACACAUGCACAGCCGUCAGGUGACUUCAGCCCAGCUGUGGUUCCACACAGGACUAGACAGGAAGGACAUGGUGGCCUCCAAUAGCUCAGGGUCCCCAGUGGGCCUGCUGGUGCUGUCAUCUGGGGGGCCGAUGGCUGUGCCCAUGUUCCUAGGCCAGGCACCCCCUCGCUGGGCUGUGCUGCACCUGGCUGCCUCUGCUCUCCCUCUGCUCACCCACCCCAUCUUGGUGCUACUGCUACACUGUCCUCUCUGCACCUGCUCAGACCAGCCUGAGACGACACCCUUCCUGGUGGCCCACACUCGGGCCAGACCAACCAGUGGGGGAGAGAGAGCCCGACGCUCAGCUUCCCCAGUGCCCUGGCCUUGGUCUCCCGCUGCUCUGCGCCUGCUGCAGAGGCCACCAGAGGAACCUGCUGCCCACGCCUACUGCCACAGAGCCUCACUCAACAUCUCCUUCCAGGAGCUGGGCUGGGACCGGUGGAUUGUGCAUCCUCCCAGUUUUAUCUUCCACUACUGUCAUGGUGGCUGUGGACUGCCAACCCCACCAGAUCAGCCCUUGCCAGGCCCUGGGGUUCCCCCAACCCCUGUCCAGCCUCUUUCCUUGGUGCCAGGAGCCCAGCCCUGCUGUGCUGCCCUCCCAGGGACCAUGAGGCCCCUCCAUGUCCGCACCACUUCAGAUGGAGGUUAUUCUUUCAAGUAUGAGACCGUUCCCAACCUUCUUACGCAACACUGUGCUUGUAUCUAA